AUCACAUGACUUUUCUCAGUUUUAAUCAUGGCGGAAGCAGUGGAACAGGGAAGGAAACCAAGUGAAGAUUCCACAGAUGAGUCAGAGGAGGAGGAGAGCGAAGAGGAGCCCAAGCUGAAGUACGAGCGGCUGGCCAAUGGCGUGACGGAGAUCCUGCAGAAGGAUGCGGCCAGCUGUAUGACGGUUCAUGACAAGUUUCUGGCUUUGGGAACACAUUUCGGAAAGGUCUAUCUGCUUGACAUUCAAGGAAAUAUCACUCAGAAGUUUGAAAUCAGUUCGGUGAAGAUCAACCAGAUCAGCCUGGAUGAGGGUGGAGAGCAUGUCGGUGUCUGCUCUGAAGAUGGCAAGGUGCAGGUGUUUGGACUCUACACCAGAGAGGGCUUCCACGAGAACUUUGACUGUCCCAUAAAGGUGGUGGCGCUGCACCCACAGUUCAGCAGGUCGAACAACAAGCAGUUUGUUACUGGCGGAAACAAGCUGUUGCUGUAUGAGAGGAAUUGGCUGAAUCGCUGGAAGAUGAUGUCUCUGCAUGAGGGAGAGGGUAUAAUCACCAACAUCAAGUGGAGGGCAAACCUCAUAGCCUGGGCCAACAAUGUGGGAGUGAAAAUUUACGACAUCAGCACAAAGCAGCGAAUCACCAACGUGGUCCGGGACAACAUGUCCCUGCGGCCUGACAUGUAUCCGUGCAGCUUGUGCUGGAAGGACAAUUGUACCCUUAUCAUUGGCUGGGGCACCUCAGUCAAGAUCUGUGUCGUUAAAGAGCGAGACCCCUCUGAAAUGAGGGACCUGCCCAGCCGUUACGUGGAAAUCGUGUCUGCGUUUGACAUGGAAUUCUACAUCUGCGGCCUGGGGCCACUGGCCGACCAGCUGGUGACGCUGUACUACGUGAAGGAGGACGCCGACCACGUGGAGGAGGAGUUCCGCGCACGUCCCCGUCUGGACAUCAUCCAGCCUCUUCCGGAGACUUGCGAGGAGAUCUCCUCUGAUGCUCUCACCGUGCGACAGUUCCAGGAGAACGAGUGCAGAGAUUAUCGCCUCGAGCAUUCCGAGGGCGAGUCCCUCUUCUACAUCAUCAGCCCCAAGGACAUUGUGGUGGCCAAGGAGCGUGACCAGGACGACCACAUUGACUGGCUGCUCGACAAAAAGAAAUACGAGGAGGCCCUGAUGGCAGCUGAAAUCAGCUUUAAAAACAUAAAACGGCAUGAUGUGCAGAAAAUCGGCAUGGCUUACAUCAAUCACCUGGUCGAGAGGGGUGAUUACGACGCAGCUGCUCGGAAGUGCCAGAAGGUGCUGGGGAAGAACAUGGACUUGUGGGAGAAUGAGGUUUACAGGUUCAAGACCAUUGGCCAGCUGAAGGCUAUCAGUCAGUACCUGCCCCGGGGUGACCUGCGCCUCAGACCUGCCAUCUACGAGAUGAUCCUGCAUGAGUUUCUGAAGAGCGACUACGAGGGCUUCGCCAUGCUCAUUCGGGAGUGGCCAGGGGAGCUCUACAACAACCUGACUAUCGUUCAGGCGGUUUGUGACCAUCUAAAGAAAGACCCCACUAAUCGUACCCUGCUGACCACCCUGGCUGAGCUUUACACAUAUGACCAACGUUAUGACAAAGCCCUGGAGAUCUACCUGAAACUGAGGCACAAGGAUGUGUACCAACUAAUCCACAAACACAAUCUGUUCUCCUCCAUUGAAGACAAGAUUGUGCUUCUCAUGGACUUCGAUAAAGAGAAAGCGGUUGACAUGCUGCUGGAUAAUGAAGAUAAAAUAUCGACUGACCGAGUGGUGGAGGAAUUAACAGACAGACCUGAACUGCUGCACAUUUACCUACAUAAACUGUUCAAACGGGACCAUCACAAAGGACAAAACUACCACGAGAGACAGAUCAGUCUGUAUGCCGAGUAUGACAGAGCCAACCUGCUGCCGUUCCUGAGAGACAGCACACACUGCCCCCUGGAGAAGGUUUGUGGUAUUUUGUUAGCCAUCUGUUAAAAGAAAGCAAUUUAACCGCAACGUUUACUCCCUGCAGGCCGAAUGGGGAACUGCAGGCGAGCUCUCCAGAUGAUCAUGGAGGAACUGGGGGAUGUGGACAAGGCCAUCGAGUUCGCGAAAGAGCAGGACGACGCCGAGCUGUGGGAAGACCUCAUCUCCUACUCCAUCGAUAAGCCGCCAUUCAUCACCGGGCUGCUGAACAACAUCGGCACCCACGUGGACCCCAUCCUGCUCAUUUACCGCAUCAAGGAGGGGAUGGAGAUCCCCAACCUCAGGGACUCGCUCGUCAAGAUUCUGCAGGACUACAACCUUCAGAUCCUUCUGCGUGAGGGGUGUAAGAAGAUCCUGGUGGCUGACUCACUCUCAUUGCUCAAAAAGAUGCAUCGGACCCAGAAGAGAGGAGUCAGAGUCGAUGAGGAGAAUAUCUGCGAGUCCUGCCACACCCCGAUAUUACCUUCUGAUACAGCCAAGAACUUCAGUGUCGUGGUCUUUCACUGCAGACAUAUGUUCCACAAGGAAUGUCUACCUUCACCUGGAAUGGUCCAGUUCUGCAACAUCUGCAGUGCAAAGCGACGAGGACCUGGAAGUGGCAUCCUGGAGAUGAAGAAGUGAUGGAUGCUGCCCGCUUCAUGCCCAUGAUCUUGCCAACCUCUCUGUUUGUAUGUGUCUCUUUGUGUUGCACUGUAAAAUUUGCGACACAGGAAACGCCCGAUUACUUUUAAUUUGUUGUUUAAACAGGAAGUUGUAGAUAUAACAAGGUAAGCACACAAGUGCAAAAGAUACCUUCUAUCAUUCAGUAUUGACGCAUCUUACGUUAUUUCUGCUCUUCUACAGUUGUUAAUAUUUCUGUGUUGAUUUCUCUUUAAUGGUUUUUGCUUAUGCUUUUGCUGAGUGUUAAUUACUAAAACUGUACUGCUGCCAAUAAAAGUGAUCUUGCGGAA